AACUCUCAAGCCAUGGAGGAACCUGCGUUAGCCUGUUUUCCAAGCCAGCCUAUUCUGGUGAGUCUCAAAAGAAAUAUGAUGCCCCAGACUUCAGAGAAGGAAAAACAGGUCCAUGUAGCCAAGACCAAGCGGAGACAUCGUGAAAGGUCUGCACUUCCUAGAAGACUCACCAGCUGCAUUUUCAAGAGGCCAGUUACAAGGAUGACUUCCCACCCUGGCAAUGAGCUCAGUUACAGUCAACGAGAGGAGACCUUGCAGGAGCCCCAGUAAGUCUGUGCAUACAGGAGACUGCAGAGUCUCCAAGCCUGCAGCAGUGAAGGAGAACUUUUAAGCACUUUUGAUAUCACAAAUAUCUUAAGUAUAAUUGCACCACGUGGUCCAGGUGAACGCCUGGGCUGUGCUGGUGCUGGGUCUGUAGACCUCAGCCUCAAGCCCACUGCCACACAGUCUUCAGACUGGGCAGAGAUG